UCAGAUCCCCCGGGGGCCGCGAACACCUCGCGCCUCUGGCCGCUUCGGGGUCCGCCUGGUCCCUCGCCCGUCCGUCUCCAUCAGUCCGAGAUGAGAGCGUUGCUGCUGUUGCUUCUUUUCUGUGGCGCGUCUUCACCAGCGACACACUCCCUGAAGUACUUCCUCACUGCGUCCUCUGGAGUCCCACACUUCCCUCAGGUUGUGGGUGCAGUCGUGGUCGACGACGUCCUGGCGGGUUACUGCAACACCGACACAAAGACACUGCACCUGAAACAGACCUGGAUGAAACUGUGUCUAGAGGAGGAGCCUGAGCACCUGGAGCGGUACAUCGGAGAGUGUUUGGAGAAUCGACCCCACCUCUUUAAAGCUCAUAUUGACAGUUUCAGACAGCGUUUCAACCACAGUGAAGGUGUCCACAUUUUACAGUGGAUGAGCGGCUGUGAAUGGGACGAAGAGACGGGAGAGGUUUACGGUUUCGUGCAAUAUGGUUAUGAUGGAGAAGAUUACAUAGCGUUGGACCUGAAGACGCAGACAUGGAUCGCUUCGAAACCGCAGGCUGUCGUCACCAAACUGUCAUGGGACGCUGACAGAUGGAGGAUGAAACAGAACGACAACUUCUACACUCAGAUUUGCCCUGAUUGGCUGAGGAUGUAUUUGGAAUACGGGAAGAGCUCUCUGCUGAGAACAGAGCUUCCCUCGGUGUCCCUCCUCCAGAAGUCUCCCUCGUCUCCAGUGAGCUGCCACGCCACAGGUUUCUACCCCGACAGAGCGAUGUUGUUCUGGAGGAAAGAUGGAGAGGAGCUUCACGAGGACGUGGACGUGGACGAGAUCCUGCCCAACCAUGACGGGACCUUCCAGAUGAGCGUCGAGCUGCACAUUUCACCAGUCGCUCCUGAGGACUGGGGGAGGUACGACUGUGUGUUCCAGCUCUCUGGUGUGAAGGAGGACAUCGUCAUCAAACUGGACGAAGCAGUGAUCAGGACCAACCGGGUGAAGCCCAGUAACACGACUGUCCUCCUCCUCACUGCAUUGGUCGUUCUCACUCUCGUCUCCGCCUCUGUCCUCGGAUUUAUAGUUUAUAAAAAGAAGAAAGUCAUUUACCCUCCAUCUCCUCCCGACAACGCCUCCGACGAUGGGCUGGAAAAUGCUGUUACUUUGACAUUAUGACACUUUAUACAACUAAAAUAAUCUUAAAAAUUGAUUACAGUGGGUGUUUUUUUUAUCCAGACCAGCUAGAUAAAACAUUGAUUUGCUUCAUAUGUAAAUGUUAAAAAAUUGUAAUUAUAUGUUCCGUUUUUUUUUAAAGAUUUAGUUUUUUUUAUGUAUUAUUUUUUAAUGAUGCAAUUAUGUGUUUCUGUUCCAAGUUGAAUAUGUGUUAGUGAUUUUGAUGUUUCGAAAGAUAUUUCAGUCUUUCAGAAUAACUCUUCUGUGGUGAUAGGCGUCACAGCGACAGGCGAUUUAAAUCACAGGUAAAAAUCAGUGAUCUUGGUGAGACCACACGGUUCUGAACGUAAUCCAGCUUUAUUAGAAACCCUGUAUCAAAUCUUAAGACUUCAGAAAUGGUGAAUUUUCCUUUUGUAAAUAUUCAACCUUUUUCAAUAAACAGGAACUUCACCCAUGAAGAAAAGA